UCUUGAUUCACUCCCCGUCCUCCUCCUGCCUGGGCGGCUCACGGGAGGGAGGAAGGAAGGAGAAAAAAACCCCGGCCGUGGUUGGAGAAGUCUCGGGUGGGAAUCCAGGAAGGUGGUCCAGAGUCAAGCAAACUCUCCGGAGUCGGUGGAAGCCCAAGAGGAGAGACAGGGAGGGUUAGAUCUUGGGGGGACGUGGGGCGAGCAUUACGGGCAACGGGGUGGGAGAGGCUUUGGAGAGGCGGCAAAGCAGAAUCGGGUGGGCUGUCAGGGAGAAGUGCCAGGGGAUCAGCUGGGCUUUCUUAAGAGGAGAGGGACAGAAGGGUGGUGGUGGUCCAGGUUGCCCCCUCCUUGGGAGGGGUGUCUGAUUUUAGGGGCCAAAGGUGUAUCCGAACACCUUGAUCCCUCUGGUUUCUGGGGAUGCUUCACAGCCUCAGGGGUGGCUCAGGGCUGGGGUGGUUUUUGGGGGGCCUCAGCAUCCCAGCCCGGUGGUGACCCCCCUCUCUAAGAAGAUCUGAGGUCCGGAGAAGUCAGAGGUGUCGGCUGGAGCGUCUCUAAGGGGGGAUGAGGGCUAGGGGCUGUCAAGGACCGAGGGAGGUCGUGGCUCCCGGAGGGCCACGGCUCGGCCACGUCCGUGGCCCCGUCGCCUGGUGGUUCCUGGUGGCCCUCUUGCCGCUGGGCAGGGCGGCCGGGGCCAACUUAACCAUCGCGGUGGUGCUGCCGGAGCGCAACACUACGUAUCCGUGGGCUUGGCCCCGGGUGGGCCCCGCCGUGGCCCUGGCCAUCCGGAAGAUCAACGCCCAGCCGGACCUGCUGGCCGGCUACACCGUGCGGUGGGUCUUCGGCAGCAGCGAGGACGACCACGGGAUCUGCUCCGACGCCCGGGCCCCGCUGUCGGCUGUGGACUUGAAGAUGGCUUACGAGCCGGACGCCUUCCUGGGGCCCGGGUGCGUCUACACCUCGGCCCCCGUGGCCCGCUUCACCCGCCACUGGGAGAUCCCGCUGGUGACCGCCGCGGCCGAGGCCAGCGGCUUCGGCAACAAGGGGGACGAAUAUUCGCUGACCACCCGAACUGGGCCCAGCCACGGGAAACUGGGCGAAUUCGGGAUCUCCCUCAGCCGACACUUCAACUGGAUGCAUCGCGCCAUGUUGCUCUUUUGGGACAACAAGAUGGAUGAACGUCCGUGUUACUUCGCCAUGGAGGGGCUGUACCAGAAACUGCCGUCUCUGAAUGUCACUGUGGAGGACAUCCCGUUCUGGGAGACGAAUUACACGGCCCUGAUCCAGGACAUCAAGCGCAAGGCGCGGAUCGUCUACGUCUGUUGCGCCCACGACAUCUUCCACGAACUCCUGCUCCACGCGCACCACGAGGGGCUCACCGCUGGCGAGUACGCCUUCUUCUUCAUCGACCCCUUCGGGGCCAGCCUGCAGAGCUCUCACUUCCCGGACCGACAGCUGCCGUGGCGCCGCGGAGAUGGACACGACGUCAUUGCCCGGGAGGCUUACAAGGCUGUGAUGAUCAUCACGUACGCCGAGCCCUCGAACCCGGAAUACCGUCCGUUCCUGGAGGAGGUCAAGCGGGAAGCCCAGGCAUGGUUCAACUUCACCAUGGAAGAUGGGCUGAAAAACUAUAUUGCUGCGGCUUUCCACGAUGGGGUCCGGCUUUACGCCCAAGCUGUGAACGAGACCUUAGAGCAGGGCGGCUCCGUCUCGAACGCCACGGCCAUCACCCGCCAGAUGCGCAACCGCACUUUCUACGGGGUUACGGGCGUCUUGAAGAUCGACCAGAACGGUGACCGAGAAACAGAUUAUUCCCUCUGGGACAUGGACCCCGUUAAGGGGGAGUUUGAGAUCGUGGCCAACUACAAUGGAACCACCAGGAAAAUUGAGAUGGUCCCCGGGAAGGAGAUCCAAUGGCCGGGAAAUGCCAUUCCCCGAGACGUGCCCAUCUGCGGCUUUGAGAACAGCAACCCGAUUUGCCAGAAAGCGUCUUUCUCCUUGCUGGAGAUCCUUUCUCUUGUGAUGACCCUGAUCCUUUCCAUUGUUAUCAUUGCCGCUUUCUUUGUCUACCGGAAAAUGAAACUGGAGAAGGAGCUGGCGGCGGAGUUGUGGCGCGUCCACUGGGAGGAUGUCCAGUCGAGCAAUUUGGAGAAAAAUCUACGCAGCAUGGGGAGCAAGAUCACUCUCUCGCUGAGAGGUUCAAACUACGGCUCCCUACUCACCACAGAAGGACAGUUCCAGGUUUAUGCUAAGACAGCCUAUUACAAAGGCAACCUGGUGGCUAUCAAACACGUGACCCGGAAGCGUGUCGACUUGACCCGGAAGGUGCUCUUCGAGCUGAAACACAUGCGGGACGUUCAGAGCAAGCACCUGACCCGUUUCAUUGGGGCCUGCAUCGAUCCCCCCAAUAUCUGCAUCCUGACCGAAUACUGCAUCCGGGGGAGUCUCCAGGACAUCUUAGAAAAUGACAGCAUUACGCUGGACUGGAUGUUCCGCUAUUCCCUCACCAACGACAUUGUCAAGGGGAUGGCCUUCCUCCACAACAGCGCCAUCAUCUCCCACGGGAACCUCAAGUCCUCCAACUGUGUAGUGGACAGCCGCUUCGUCCUGAAGAUCACGGACUACGGGCUGGAGAGCUUCCGCCAGGCACCCGAGUCGGAUGAUGCAUACGCCUUAUUCGCCAAGAAACUGUGGACGGCUCCCGAGCUCCUGCGUAUGGAGAUGGCGCCCUGCUCCGGCACCCAGAAAGGAGAUGUCUACAGCUUCGGCAUCAUCCUCCAGGAGAUCGCCCUGCGUAACAGCGUCUUUUACGUGGAAGGCAUGGAUCUGAGCCCCAAGGAAAUUAUCGACCGAGUCAAACGGAGCGAGCGGCCUCCUUUCCGCCCCUCGGCGAACCUGCCCCCCAGCCUGGAAGACGUGGUGCUCCUCAUGCAGCGUUGCUGGGCCGAGGACCCCCAGGAGCGCCCCGACUUCCACCACAUCAAAGGCAUGCUGCAGAAGUUCAACAGGGAGAACAGCAGCAACCUCUUGGAUACGUUGUUGUCCCGUAUGGAGCAGUACGCCAACAACCUGGAGGAGUUAGUGGAGGAGCGCACGCAGGCCUACCUGGAGGAGAAGCACAAGGCGGAGGCUCUGCUCUACCAGAUUCUGCCCCACUCCGUGGCCGAGCAGCUGAAGCGCGGCGAGACGGUGCAGGCAGAAGCCUUUGACAGCGUCACCAUCUACUUCAGCGACAUUGUGGGUUUCACGGCCCUGUCGGCAGAGAGCACCCCCAUGCAGGUGGUGGCUCUCUUGAAUGACCUGUACACUUGUUUUGACGCCAUCAUUGACAACUUUGAUGUCUACAAGGUGGAGACCAUUGGUGAUGCGUACAUGGUUGUAUCUGGCUUGCCUGUGCGCAACGGGCGGCUGCAUGCCCGCGAGGUGUCCCGCAUGUCGCUGGCACUUCUCGAAGCCGUCCGCAACUUCAAGAUCCGUCACCGGCCGGACCAGCAGCUCAAACUGCGGAUUGGGAUCCACAGUGGUCCUGUCUGCGCAGGCGUCGUGGGCCUAAAGAUGCCCCGUUACUGCCUUUUUGGGGACACGGUCAACACAGCUUCACGCAUGGAGUCCAACGGUGAAGCUCUGAAGAUCCACCUCUCGGCAGCCACCAAAUCUAUCCUGGAAGAGUUUGGGUGCUUUGAGUUGGAACUCCGAGGGGAUGUGGAGAUGAAGGGCAAGGGGAAACUCCGGACCUACUGGUUAUUAGGCGAACGCGUGAGCAGCACCCGAGGUUGAGGAACUGAUGGUUCUCCUUCUGGAUACUGGUGGGAGAGUCUGUGUCUUCUUGCUCCCCAGGAAGCUGAGGGGUAUCUUCUCAACCACAUCGCCAAAGACUCUUCCACCCGGGAACUGUUGGCUGGGGGCGGGAGUCAGGGAGAAUCUGGACCGAAUUUGCAGGAUCCUCUCUCCUCAGCCAAAACCCAUCAUGGUCCUUAUGCCCCACAGCUUGGCCUCCAUCGUAUACGGACCCUCAAAGACUGGACAGGGCAUCAGUGACCUGGGCGGUCAAACAGAACUCUGACUGAUUUCUUCCCCUUUGGCAUUUUUCUCUGGCUCUCCAGGAACCGAGAGGUUCACCACGAGAGGUCCGCCAGAGCUUCAUCCUGGGUUGAGGCGUGGAGCAUUUUUUUGUGGCCUCUCUUGACCCACAGAGGCUGGGGGUGGGUCCACAAAAUGGCGCUCAGGAUCCCACCCAGCUCUGGAGGGAAGAAAUACAGAAGUGGGUCUCUUAAGAUCACCCUCCUGCGCCCGCCGUUUUUUGACAGCUCUUGGUUUUGUAAUAAAACGAACGAAUGGACGCGGCUUUGGAAGCGCUUGCUCGCCAUCGUCUUCAUUUCUGUAUAGACUGGUUGUGAUGACCGUCGCCCUUGAGGAAGUGACACUCUGUACAUGCUCUAAGUCGCUUGCCGCUGCUACCUCACUCCCUACGCAGUUGGAAAAAAAAUACAAUUCCACGUUGACCUGUGGCUGAAAGGAUGUGUGAAUAUGUGUGUAUGCACCCAUGUUGGGUAGGAGUUUAAACCCUCGUUCCGCAAUCCGGCAUCCUUUGGGAGGGUUUGGACUACAAUGACCCUCCUCCCCCAGAUGCCAUGCUCUUUGGGCCGGCCGGGCAGGGAAAAUGGGUGUUGUUCUCCCAAACAGAUCAAGAGAGGGAAUGACUGUGUUCUGUUUUCCUCCGACCUUGCUUGGAGAGCGGUGUUUGGUUCUGGAUUCCCACAGUUUAAGAAUCGAGAAGCUGGGAUUUGUGCCAAUGAGAAGGUACCGUUGAGCUGUGUGUCAUCCCGGAUAAAAAUAAAUAAAUUGUUCUCCUGUUUUAAAAUCACAAUUAAAUGAGUUGUCCUCCCGUACCACCGUGAUGGGCAAAGAUGGUAUUAGGGUUUCUCGUUAAAAUAAAAAAUUC